UGAGGCACGGGUGGACGCAGUUGCAUCACCCGGAAGAGGCGGAAGCGGUGGUGGCGGCCCAUAGUCCAUGGCUCCCUUCCCCUUCUCCUAUCACCUGAGCAAGCAGCUAAUUAAACCUUGCCGAGCAAUUACCACACAUGGCUGCCGGCGAGACGACGACACCGCCGUUCAGUUCCGUGCACGUGAACAGGCGCCUGGCCACCGCCAACCGCCUCAUGGCGGCCGUCCACGCAGCGCUCGCCGCCGCGGCCAUCGCCCACCGCGCCCUGCACCUGCAUCAGCUCAGCGGCGGCGUGGCCCGCAACGCCGCCAUGGUCGCGGCGGACCUGACGCUCCUGUUCCUGUGGACGCUGUCGCAGUCGGGCCUGUGGCGGCCCGUCUCGCGCGCCGCGUUCCCGGACCGGCUGCUGGAGUCCCGGCGGCGCGGGGACCUCCCGGCCGUGGACGUGCUGGUGGUGACGGCGGACCCGGACAAGGAGCCGGCGUUGGGGGUGAUGAACACGGUGGUGUCGGCCAUGGCGCUGGAUUACCACGGCGGGAGGCUGAGCGUGUACCUGUCGGACGAUGCCGGGUCGCCGCUGACGCUGAUGGCCGCCCGCAAGGCCUACGCCUUCGCCAGGGCGUGGGUGCCCUUCUGCAGGAGGUACUCGGUGCAGUGCCCGUGGCCCGACAGGUACUUCGCCGGCGACGACGGCCAGGAUGACGGCGGCGAUCGCUGCGGUGAGGCCGCCGAGGAGAGGCGAAGAAUGAAGAAAAUGUACGAGACGUUCAAAGGGGACAUAGAGGAGGCCAGUAAGGAGAAGAGUAUUUCCAGGAGCUGGACGAAAGAAAAACGUCAGGAUCACGAUGCUUAUGUCGAGAUCAUCACCGCGGGCGAGGAGGAGGACGACGACCAACAGGGCGAGGAAACCAUGCCGUUGCUGGUGUACGUGUCCCGCGAGAAGCGGAGGGCGUCCCCUCACCACUUCAAGGCCGGCGCUCUCAACGCCCUGCUGCGGGUGUCGAGCCUUGUGAGCAACGCGCCCUACUUGCUGGUGCUCGACUGCGACAUGUCCUGCAACAGCCGCUCCUCCGCCCUGGAGGCCAUGUGCUUCCAUCUCGACCGAUCCCCGCCGGCGCCGGAGAGCCUCGCCUUCGUGCAGUUCCCGCAGAUGUUCCACAACCUCAGCCCCAACGACAUCUACACCAAUGAUCUCCGAUACAUCUUCGCGACUCGAUGGAUCGGCCAGGACGGCCUCCGGGGCCCGCUCCUCGCCGGCACCGGCUUCUACGUCAGGAGGGACGCACUGUACGGGGCCAUGCCGUCCGCCGCCACCUCGUUGCCGGCGCACGGUGCAGAGUUCUCGUCCAUGGAGACCGGCGAGCUGGUGAGGAGGUUCGGCCACUCCGACGACCUCAUAUCCUCCGUGCGCAACCUCCACCUGCAGAAACCACCUGCUGCUGGUCGCCAUCGUCGUCGUCUUCCUCGAGACGCGGCGCUGGUGGCCUCCUGCGCGUACGAGACCGGCACCGGGUGGGGCGACGAGGUGGGGUUCAUGUACCAGUCGGUGGUGGAGGACUACUUCACCGGCUACCGCCGCUUCUUCUCCCGGGGCUGGACGUCGGCCUACUGCUACCCGGCGCCCUCGUCCCGGCCGCCGUUCCUCGGCACCAUGCCCACCAACCUCAACGACGUGCUGGUCCAGAACAAGCGCUGGAUGUCUGGCCUCCUCGCCGUCGGCCUCUCUAGGCGCUACUGCCCGCUCGCCUGCCGGGGGCUCCUCGCCGUCUCCGUGCCGCAGGCCAUGACCUACGCCCACUUCGGCUUCCUUUCGCUCUACGCGUUCUCGGCGCUGUGCUACGCCACCCUGCCGCAGCUCUGCUUCCUCCGCGGCGUCCCUCUGUUCCCGGACGCCGCCGCCGCCCCGUGGUUCGCCGCCGCCUUCGCAUCCUCCUUGGUGCAGCACCUGGUCGAGGUGUCGGUGGCGAGGCGCGGGCUGGCAGUGCGGACGUGGUGGAACGAGCAGAGGUUCUGGAUGCUCAACGCCGUCACCGCCCAGCUGUUCGGCUGCGUCAGCGCCGUCCAGGACACCAUACUCGUCUACAUAUGACCUACUGCCGUUUCCCCAUCGGUAUAAAGUUCCUGACUUCACCAA